GGAGAGAGAGAGAGAGAGACAAAGAGUGAGAUUACGCAAAAUGUGAAUGGACAAGAAAUGAUGGUGUGACAGAGUGGGCCGUCGGCGGGUAUUAAACAAAAUUGCUACUAUUAUACAAAUAAUCCAUCCGAGAAAAUCCGGGUAACCUUCUGUCAUAUUUUUGGAUGAUAACAGUAGCUAGGCUACAUUUCUGAUUUAUUCCAGAGUUAACUUUGAUCAGUUCACUUUUAUGGGAAAAGACAUGAGACGGUUGAGUGAUUUUUUUUUUUUUUUUUUUUUUUUUUUUUUUGCCCCAUGAAAACAGGUUAAAUUUUAAAGAUCGGGUGGUCCUUAUGUAACCACGGAGAGAGAGCUGAAGUGCUGAGUUCCCCUCCAAUUCCCCUUUCAUUCAUUUUGCUAUUUACAGUUCAGGCGGAGGCAAUCUGCCUUCAUCUCACUUCUAAAACUUAUCAGAUUUAUGUGAGAAGUGGUGAGGUGAGAGCAGGAACCCAAACUGUUUUUGAAGCCUUUUCAUCAUUUUAUAAUCUGAGCCCAAUUAUUAUAUGAUAAUACCAUACGUGGCUAUGAUACUAAUGCCGUGGCUAGCCUUGGAUAGCAGCGCCCCCAUGCGGUCGUACACCUCUACUGCGUGCUGCUACUUGUGACAGGACAUUGUAUUCCCUCUUUCUCAGUAGGAGAUAAUGUGUUUGAAUGUCAGUCUUUGUUAUAAUUUUAGUUUUCAAACUGGAAAGAAACGGCACAGUAUAAUGUAUUUGCAUCGCUCUUACAAGGUGUAUACUUGACAACAUCUUACAGAAUCAUGUUUAAUACAAUACAAAAGGGGGGGUCAUCAAAAGGUUGCCCAGGGUAUUGUUCAUUCUCUCAUUAAUUUGUGUGGUCUCCAGCCUUUUGGCUUGUGACUCCUUAAAAUGAAGCAACAUCUACUAGUGACCACACAUCAUGGGUUCUAGCAGGUCAGCCAACAAAGGAUUUUCCAUCUCAUAUUGUUUCAAUUGAAGGAUAUUUAGUUGCAGAGUUUAAACCACAUUUCAUGGAUGAAAUCAAAAGUAAGAUAAAAGUCAGAAUAAUUGAUUUUGUAUUUAUAUGUUUGUGGGACCUCUUAAGAAGACAUCAUAUAUGAACAAGACAUCUUAAUGAAGAGAACAUGUAAAAUGUGCAGUAUGUAGGUGUGAAUCUAUCUAUCUGCUGCAUGUUUGAGGCUUUAUUCCAGUGAGUAAUGCUACAGCAUACAGUGGUAUUUUAGACAAUAAUGUGCUUUUAUUUUUAUGUCAGUAGUUUCAAGAAAGAUACUUUCCUGCUUGCAUUUCAAUGCCAGCAUGCACACAGCAAGCAAACCAAGAAAUGGUUUGGUAUUGAAGCCCCUGACUGGUCUGACUCAUGCAAUAUUUCUUAUGGAUCAUAAUGGAAAUUCAACUGUUGAGCUCUUUUAGUCUUUUAUUUAUUUGACUUAUUUUGUACUUAAUUGAUUUUGUAUUUAUUUUCACUCUUCAUGUAUUUGACUUAUUUUUUUAGUUAUUUCCAUGUCUUAGUUUUUAUUUUACUAUUCCUUUUGGUGCUGUAACACUGCAAAUUUCCCUGCUGUGGGACUAAAAAAGGAUUAUGUUAUCUCAUCUCAUCUAAAUGCUGACUGCAAGCCGACCCAUAUCUCCUCGCAUUAGUGAUUUCAACAGGUGAUAUCGUUGCUUUUCCCUUACAAAGUCACAUUAAAGCAGGGUGCAUACACAAGAGGGCUGCAAAAAAUAGCCCUCUGCGUAAACAAGACUCGACCAUAAACAGGACAGACUGCUUGAAAGGACGUCUAAUCCAAAAAGACUGUUCCAACCCAUAGCAGGAGUGCAGUUAUGCAGCAAUGCAGCAAUGAAAAUAAAAGUCUACAGACUGACACCAGCUGCACCUGAGGUCAGUGUUCUUGCUGAUAUGACAACAUUUUGAAACUCCUGUUGUGUAGCUUUGGGAAUAAAUACCAACCUUUUUAAUAUUUUAAUUACAUUUUUGACAUUGAGCAUAGUCAGUAAAUCCCUGAGGUGUAGAAAAGUACCAGGCAUCUAAUGCAAUUUUCCAUUAAAGCACCCACUAUUGCUCAUGUAAGCCAAAUUAAAAAAAAAAAAACAUGACAAUAAAUACAUUAUUAUUUGAGCAACAUGAUGAAUCGGUGUAUUGGAGUCGGGAUCAAAGUUUCCUCUAAGCUAGUGAUUUGGUGACCUGUUUCUGAGUGCUUACCUGAUCUUAUAUUUUUUAUAUUGUCAGCAACUUAAAAAAAGGCUGUUGACAGUACUUGCUCUGCCAUGGAAGAUGAUGAAAAAAUGUUCCAGUGAAGGAAUCUUAAUGGUACAGCUAUGUAGAGAGUAUUUACUUUUAACUCAGUGUCAGAGGUUUCAGGAAAGAACCUUUCCUGUUUCAACCCUGAGACCCUGACUGGCCUGCACAGUAUCCCCCAGCAUCAGUGGCUGACUUCAGUCUUGAUUUAAGUGUCUUGUGGCUGAAUGGGAGCAAAACCCUGCAGCAAGUUUCUGAAAUAUGGUUGGAUGGCUUCCUAAAAAAGUAGUGUCUUUUAUAGCAGCAAAUUAUUUCCAUGGUUUGGAAAUAACAUUUUGGCUAUCACAUAAGGGUGUGAUGUAUGUGAGACCAUAUACUUUCUGUUAGCGAUCAUCCACUAAAAGCAGACAGGGCAUUAACAGCCCACACAAUAACAACAAAGGAAGAAUGAGUGUCUGGUUGUUUUUGCCUUUGCACUCAAAGACCACUUUAACUGAGUCUAAGAAUGACAUUGCCUCUGCAGAUUGUGUAUUAGGGCCAUUUUGUUCUGGGACAGUAUAAAGCUCAGAUGUUUACCUGGAGCUUCGCUCUUCAAAACUUUAGAAUAUGAGAGGCUUCCUGCUUGAUUGUUGUUUUUGCAAGAAUCUCAUUCAUUUCAUAAUCUAAAACAUGGUUGCAUAACUGUGUGCCUCAGUAUAAAACCUGCCAGGCUUACAAUCAUAUUCAUCACUCUCACCUCUUUGCAGACUUCAGCUUAUUGUUCAAGCAUCUAUUUUCUUGGGCAGUUUUUAUACACCUGCUGGGCUUUAAUAUUAUGACCUUUUAAUACCUGUUCUUCACCUACCAUCUGUGAUUCUCGCAUUAAUUUUAUUAUAUUAUCUUCCUUUUGUUGCCUUAUUCUUUUAUUGCCCCAUCCCAUGAUCCUGAUAGGAACAGAUUAAGAUUAAAGCCAAUGAAUAUAUGAAUAAAUGAAUACAUAAAUCGCUGAAUAUCAAUCAUCACCUUCCCUCUUGGCCAGCUACAAAUUGUUUACCAGGCAGAUUAAAAUGUGUUUAUGAAGGUCAUGAUUUUGUUGCUGUGGUACUGGAAAACUUCUUGUUAUGAAAUCUUGAUUAAUAUUACUGUCUAAGUAAGUAAUUAGGAAAUAUUAACCAACAACAAAAAAGAAACAUUUUAAGAAAGUUAUGAAGCAGAGAGAAGUUAGUGAAGCAUGUAGCAAGACCAGUAUCGCACACAGUGCAGUCCAGAUUCCACAGUAUAUUUACUUUGAGUUCCUUUUCCAUACUGUCAUGUAUGAUGUGCUAUUAGCAGCUCAGACUAGAUUUUUUUUUAAUUGGUCACUAAGAUUUUCAGAUACUAGUGUGGCUAUAGGGAUGGCAAUGUUGGUCAUUAUGUAGUGUCAGUGUUUUGGCAAGUGUCUCAGACACCUUUGGAGGGAUUGCAAUAAUCUUAAGUAGGCUACAGAUGUUCACGUUCCCUGGAGGAUGAAUCCCACUGACUUUAAUGACAGAUCAGGUAAGCACUUCAGUUAAUAAUAAACCAAGUUCCUAUCGGCUUUUGAGGUUAUUGCUAAUAUGACAUACUAACACUAAAUGUUGCAGUGCAACAUCCUAAACAUGUUGCCAAUUUUAAAUGUUACAUACUUGAAAAUUUGCAUAUUAAUGCAUAAUGGCUAAGUUCAUACAUUAUCAGUCUGUUUAUCAUGUUAAUCCAUUAGCCAUUUCAUUACAAACCAAGCAUGUUAGCAUGCUAACACUGCCAUGUAAACGUGCUUUUUGAAAAAGUGCAUAUGAAAUGAAUGGCUCUGUUUUACUGGUUAAUAAAUCUUUUACUAAUGCGUUAUAGUAAAGCUAUCAAUGAGAGCAACUUUUGAGUUGCUACUUUCCUCUUCUUCUACUUUCUUCUUCCAAUAUGACACAUGUCCUCUUAGCUAUUUCAUUCAUUGGGAUUACCCCUUCAAUGAACUGUCGGACGACUCACCCUCUGGAAAAUGGGUGUAGGACAUGUACCGGUAGACCAAAAUUCAUUUAUAAACACAUUUAUAACAUUUACAUCUGUAAACUUUGUGGACUAUUGCAUUAUACCGACUCUUUAUUAACUGUUUAUUAAUAUUUCUAACGGUGGAUUUUCACUUUUGAGUUUAAGUACUAGCAAAGUAUCAUGCAAGAGGAGGAAUUCCACAACCCGGUAAACCAAAACCUGUUGUUACUGGUAACUGAACUGUGAUGCAUUAGUAAGCAAUUUAGAAGCCAUUGAUUUGUAAUUUCAGUCAUAAUGUCAAACAUGCUAAUAUAACGGCAACAACGACACUAACAACAGGGGUUUUAGCAUGUUAGCAUGCUAGCAUGCUAAAAGUGUUAUUCUGCUGAGCCACACAGAUUUAGAGCCUCAUAAGGGCACUAGUUAAGUGGACAAACUGAGGGUUCCACAUAAAGUCACAGCACACCAGCGAUAUGAAUGAUACUUUAAAAUAUGAAAUUAACUGAAACUAAAAAUAUGCGAAUUUUACUCUGUUUAAGAUUAUCUUGCGUGGCGUGAAAAGACCUUUAUUGUGAAGGCAAAUUUGCCUGAGGGCAGCUCUGUGUGAGCUUCCUCCACCUGUCGCCCCGGGAAAGGAAAUCCCAUUCCAGUAACUCCGGGUAUCCGUGCCGCAUUUUCAAGCUUCUCCACAGGAAAACGAUGUAAAUACUGUGUUGCCAGGUUGGAGUGAAAUCCACCUUUUUAGCGGAAGGCUCUCAUCAUGUAACACCGCGGUGUUUUCCUGGCGUGCAAGCAGCUUCAUAUGCGGGAUAGAAGGGACCGGAUCUGGAUGCCGUGAAGAACACAAGUAUAGGCUGGAACGGAUUUUCAAAACACGGUAGUGCCGAGGAAUAAAUGACUGACGGAGAUGAGAGAAGGGCGGGUAUUCACUGAAUUUAUCCGCCGCUGGAUGGGUGACAGUUUAUGAUGAUUAUGUGUCAGACGUCAGAUGAUCUUUACUGAUCCGCCUGGAGGCCACAGCGGUGGAUUUAGGCUGAAACCACAGGCGCUUCCUCCUUCCACCUUCAGAGGAUUGACGGCUGGCCUGACAUCAUUGGCUGGUCGUUGGGAAUGAAUCAUCGUCUUCAUCAGAGGGGGGGUUCAGAGAUGCUGUCACUGUCACUGCACCCUUAAAAUACCACAGACAAACCCAACACGUACACAAACCCACCCAGCGCCGGUGGCCGUGUGUCCAUUCUUUAACAGUGUAAGGCCGUUUAUUCUUGGGAGCCAGCAUGGAGGAAAUCCUACGAAAGCUUCAGAAAGACGCGUCCGGCCACAAGCACAAAGGCAUCCGUGAUGCCUGCGUCUACGCCUGCGAAACCCUCGAGUCUCAGAAUGGAUCAGCCAAGAUUUCCCCUUCUCAACUUCGAGAGCACUGUCUGCUGCCUCUACAGAUGGCUCUGGAGUCUAAAAACACCAAACUGGGACAGACGGCGCUUACUGGAAUGCAGAAGCUCCUGUGCGAGGACAGGUUUGUGGGCGGUGUCGGCGUGGAGGUGGAGGUGCUGGAGAAGCAGCUGCUCAGCCAGAUGUUGGAGGCCAUCAGAAUCACCCCAUCUCUGCAUGAAGACCUGCAAGUGGAAGUCAUGAAGGUCCUGCUGUGCAUCACCUACUCACCCAACUUUGACAUUAAUGGAGACUCCAUCCUACGGAUUGCUGAGGUGUGUAUCGAGACCUACGUGUCCAGCUGUCACCAGCGCAGCAUCAACACAGCAGUCAGAGCCACGCUGAGCCAGAUACUGGGAGACCUGACGCUACAGCUGCGACACAGACAAGAGGGUGCAGAUGGAGAUGAGGUGACUACACUGCCACUGCAGAGAAGAGAUAUUUCUCCAACCAGCCAGGCGCUGUGUGAAGAUGUGGUGACAGUUCUGACAGUUUUCUGUGAGAAGCUGGAGUCAGUGGACAGUGAUAACCAGCUCCUGCAGCUGCUCUACCUGGAGUGCAUCCUCUCCAUGCUCAGCAGCUGUCCUCCCACAAUGCACUUGUCCAGAGGUUUUACUGAUCUUGUAUGGAAGCAGCUGUGUCCAUCCCUCGUGGCGAUCAUGGGAAAUCCUGUCAACGACAAAACCAUCGCUUCCCACCAUGGCUACAUGGGGGCACCAGACAGAGACCGGCUCUCAGAUAGAAUCAGCCUAGGGAUCAACCAGGAGGUGGACUCCUGCGGAGGAGGGGUGUCCGAUCAGGGUAGGGGCUCUGGCUGCUCCUCUAGCGCCCCUGCCAGAAUCGCGCCGGUAGUGCGGACGGUGUGUUACAUCGCAGCGGAGCUGGUGCGUUUGGUGAGCUGCGUGGAGUCGAUGAAACCGGUGCUGCAGUCGCUCUACCACAGGAUCCUGCUGUACCCGCCCCCACAGCACCGCACCGAGGCCAUCCGCAUCAUGAAGGAGAUUCUGGGCAGUCCCCAGCGGCUGUACGACCUGGCCGGUCCAUGCGUUGCUGAACCUGAAACCAGGAAGCGCUCCUUCUCAAAGAGGAAGUCCCACCUGGACCUGCUGAAACUAGUGAUGGAUGGGAUGACAGAGGCAUGUAUGAAGGGAGGCAUCGAGGCGUGUUACUCUUCGGUCUCCUGUGCCUGCGCUCUGCUAGGAGCUCUGGAUGAGCUGUCUCAGGGCCGCGGCAUCCAACCUGAGCAGGCUCGGCUUCUUCUCAAACGACUGGAUGAUCUGAAGGAUGGUACAGAGUCAACACGUGAGUCCAUGGAGAUCAAUGAGGCCGACUUCAGGUGGCAGAGACACAUCCUGUCCUCUGAGCAGGCUCCGUGGGACCCCAGCUCUUCUUCCUCCAACGUGGCUACCACCGGGGCCACCGAGCCCAGCCCCGACAUAAGCAUCAGCAUCACCACUGAGACAGGCCAAACCACCCUGGACCUGGAGGCGGGGGGGCUCGGCCUGGGCCUGGGCCAGGGCCACACCACUCCCGAGGAGUGUGGGGAGGACGCCCGCCUCCCCUCACCCUCAUCCUGUGGCGGCCAGGAGGGGACCAAACGUGAACUGAGCCUGGAGACGGACCGGGGGAGCCGUCGGGAAGAGGGAAGAGGUACGGGGGAGGUCGAGGGAAGAGGAGAGAAAGAAAGAGUAGGAGGCGGAGGAGGUGGUGGUGGGGGAGGAGGAGGAGGAGGAGGAGAGAGAGGAGGAGGUGUGGUUCCUCCAGAUGUAGUCCAGCGGAGUCAUGCCCUUGUCUACCCCGACAUCACCAACUUCCUGUCUGUGGAGUCCAGGACCAGGUCACACCAUGCGGGAGGGUCACGAUACAGCGAGAGCAACUUCAGCAGUAUGGAGGAGCAGGACCUGUCGCGGACAGAGUUUGACUCGUGUGAUCAGUACUCCAUGGCUGCUGAGAAAGACUCGGGGCGCUCUGACGUCUCUGACAUUGGCUCCGACAACGUCUCGCUUGCCGACGAGGAGCAGCAGACGCCCCGUGACUGCCCGGGUCACCGCUCCCUCCGCACCGCCGCCCUGUCCCUCAAACUGCUCCGCAACCAGGAGGCCGACCAGCAGAGCGCCAGGCUUUUCGUCCAGUCCCUGGCGGCACUGUUGCCCCGGCUGCUGGGAUUGGCCACCGCCACAGAGGUGGACCUAUCGCUGCAGAACUUCUCCUCCACCUUCUGCUCUGGACUGCAGGCUGGUGGGAUCCACUCUCCAGGUUUUGAGGCAGGUGACACUCUGAGCUGUCAGUCUCUGAUGAAUGCAGACGGUCUUUACCUGGUGUCGUACUACGCUCUGCUGCUCAAUCUCAAACUCUGCUGCUGCGACUACUACAGACGGCGAACACUCUCUCCCGUCCUCACCCUGAAGGACUUUGUGCGUCUGAUCCAGAGCAGCGGGGUCCUCGUGGUUCUGUCCCAGGCCUGGAUCGAGGAACUCUACCAUCAGGUGCUUGAGCGCAACCUGCUGGCCGAGGCUGGGUACUGGGGCUCCCCAGAGGACCACACACUGCCGCUCAUCACCAUGCUCAUAGAUAUCGACGGUCUGGGCAGCAGCGCAAUUGGCGGUCAGCUGAUCAGGCGGGCGUCCAGCCAAUCACCACUUACCUGUGACAAGACUGGGAGCGACACUGUGAUGGCAGGAGCUGUGUUCUCACGCUUCAUCCUCACCGGCGUCUGGAAGAACCUGAUCGAUGUGCUGUCCACGCCUCUGACAGGCCGCAUGGCGGGCAGCUCCAAGGGCCUGGCCUUCAUCCUGGGAGCAGAGGGGGUCAAAGAGCAGAGCCAGAGGGAGAGAGACACCAUCUGUCUGAGUUUAGAUGGCCUACGCAAAGCUGCAGCGCUCAGCUGUGCCCUGGGUGUGGCUGCCAACUGCGCGUCAGCUUUAGCCCAGAUGGCUGCAGCCUCAUGUGUGCAGGAAGAGAAGGAGGAGAGGGAGCUGGGAGAGAUGGGAGACGCCAUCACACAAGUGAAGCAGCGUGUCGAGCAGCGUUUGGAACAGAUCGGACGUCCUCAGGGAGUUCGUCUCCACACGGCUCACGUGUUGUGUAUGGACGCCAUCCUGAACGUAGGACUGGAGAUGGGGAGCCACAACCACGACUGCUGGCCACAUGUCUUCAGGGUGACAGAGUACAUCAGUUCACUGGAGCACACCCACUUCAGUGACGGCUCCUCUCAACCGUCAUCUUUGACCACCAUCACCCAGCAGAGCCAGCAGGCGGCCGGCGUGGACCUGGGGCUGGAGCUGAGCUGCGAGCCCAGCCCUGAUGCCACGGAGUUGGGACUGAGCCAGCCGGUCAUCCAGCCUCUGUCCAUCCAGGAGCUGCUGAGAGAGAGCAGCAGAGGAGGCGAGGUCCUGGACCUGAAGAGCGGUAGCCUGAUGACGGGGACCAGCGCGGCCAAGGCUGUGUGUACGCUGUCAACACAGGCAGACAGGUUGUUUGAAGAAGCAGCCACUAAACUGAACCUGGUCGGUCUGGUUGGUUUCCUGCAGCAGCUGAGGAAAGCUUCUCAGUCUCAGCUGUUUGACUCGGUUACUGAGACUGGUGACUAUUCACUGGCAAUGCCAGGAGAGGCUAAGUCGACUCUGGACCGCCGCAGCGCUCUCCAUCUCUUCCGUUUGGGCGAGGCCAUGCUGCGCAUCGUGAGGAACAAGAACCGGCCUCUGCUCCAUAUGAUGAGGGCCUGGAGUGUGGUGGCUCCACACCUGGUGGAGGCGGCGUGUCACAAAGAGCGCCACGUGUCCCAGAAGGCCGUUUCCUUCAUCCACGAUGUUCUAACGGAGGUGCUGACGAGCUGGGCGGAGCUUCCUCACUUCCACUUUAACGAGGCACUGUUCAGGCCCUUUGAGCACAUCAUGCAGCUGGAGCUCUGUGAUGAGGACGUACAGGACCAGGUGAUCACAUCAAUAGGCGAGCUGGUGGAGAUGUGUUCUCCUCAGAUCCUGUCAGGAUGGAGGCCUCUGUUCAGCGCACUGAGGACUGUCCACGGCAGCAAGACUGACACUAAAGACUACCUGGUGGGAGAAUACUCCAUGGGGAAGUCCCAGGCUCCAGUGUUUGAUGUCUUUGAGGCUUUCAUCAACACUGACAACAUCCAGGUUUUUGCCAAUGCUGCCACUGACUACAUCAUGUGCCUCAUGAAGUUCGUCAAAGGUUUAGGGGAGGUGGACUAUAAGGAGAUUGGAGACUGUGUCCACGUGUCGGGUUACAGCUCCACUGACCUCUGCCUGCCCGCUCUCGACUACCUCCGCAAAUGUUCACAGCUGCUUGCUAAGAUCUACAAGAUGCCUUCCAAGCCAGUGUUCUUGGGGGCGCGGCUCGCCAGCCUGCCAAUGAGAUCGCAGGAGCGCUCGAUCAGCAGCGAGGACGGGAUGGACUGUGUUCUCCAGGAGUUUGAUGAUGACACAGGUCUGAUCCAGGUCUGGAUUUUGUUAUUGGAGCAGCUCACAGCAGCAGUGUCAAACUGUCCUCGACAGCACCAACCCCCAACCCUGGAGCUGCUCUUCACUCUGCUCAGAGAAGUCACCAGUGUACCAGGUCCUGGGUUUGCCAUCUUCUCCGUCAUCCAGCUGCUGCUUCCUGUGAUGUCACUGUGGCUGCAGCGUAGCCACGGCGACCACUCCUACUGGGAUGUGGCAGCGGCAAACUUUAAACACGCCAUUGGCCUGUCGUGUGAGCUGGUGGUGGAGCAUGUCAACAGUUUCAUACACUCAGACAUUGGUUACGAGUCUCUGAUAAACCUGAUGUUGAAGGACCUGUUCAAGCUGCUGGUGGCCUGCGUGUCCGAACCUGCAGAGACCAUCUCCAGGGUGGGCUGCUCCUGCAUCAGAUAUGUGUUGGUGACAGUUGGUCCAGUGUUCACAGAGGAGAUGUGGAGGUUGGCCUGCUGUGCUUUGCAGGAUGCUUUCUCCGCUACGUUAGAACCUGUCAAGAACCUGUUAGCGUGUUUUCAUAGUGGGUCAGACAGUUUUUCUGGAGAUGCUUGUGAGGUGAAGGUGGCAGCUCCGUCUCAUUCACCCUCAGCUGAGGCUGAGUACUGGAGGAUCAAAGCUAUGGCUCAGCAGGUCUUUAUGUUGGACACCCAGUGCUCUCCAAAGACGCCCAACAACAAGGACGGUUUUGAGCACGCUCAGUCCUGUGUUCUCAUCAUCGAGCUGCCGUCUGACCAGCAGUCCAAUGGUCACACUCAGAAAAGGAUCCCCUUCCGGACCAUUGUGGUGAGCCUGCUGUCCCACCAGGUCCUGCUCCAAAACCUCUAUGACAUCCUCCUGGAGGAGUUUGUCAAGCAGCCUGAAGGUCAUGAAAGGGUCACACCGGUCACUUCAGACCCCAGCAGACCCACAGCAGGCUUCCUGCGCUACAUCUCCAUGACUAAUUUAGCCAUAAUCCUGGAUCUGCUGCUGGACUCUUACAGGACGGCACGUGACUUUGACACUCGGCCAGGUCUGAAGUACCUGCUGAUGAAGGUGUCAGGAGUCUGUGGAGCGGCUAAUCUUUACCGUCAGUCUGCCAUGAGCUUCAACCUCUACUUCCAAGCCCUGCUGUGUGCCACACUCAGCCAAGCUGAAAGCAUGACUGCACAACAGGUGAAGAGGAUCCUGUACGAGGACGAUGAGGGGAGCUCUGACUCCUCUCACCCUGGAUCUGCUUCCUCAGAGGAUGAAGACAUCUUUGAAGAGACAGCACAGGUCAGCCCUCCUCGUGGCCGGGAUAAACGGCAUCAGUGGCGAGCCCCCAUCCCGUCGCUCAGCGUGCAGCCACUGGGUAGCGCCGACUGGGCCUGGCUGGUUAAACGCCUCUACAAGCUGUGCAUGGAUCUGUGCAACAGCUACAUCCAGAUGCACCGUGACCUGGAGAGCACACUGGAGGAGACGGCGAUGCUGAGAGGAGGAGGUGUGGGAGGAGGUGAUCACGUCUUCUUCCUGCCUCUCUUCCAGUCUGAGACUUCGACCCCAACGUCAGGAGGGCUCUCAGCGAGGGGGACGCCCUCGGAGGAUGGCGGGUACAGGUGUCAGACGGCGGACAUGAGCGCAGCAUCACCGGGAGACACGCCCACACCCAGUCCAGGAUUCAGCUGCACAGGCAGUCUGCCUCACCACUUCCGGACGGGAGAGCGGAGGGACUCCGGCAUCACAGCGAGCUCAUUAGGCGGAGUUCCUGGCAGCAUUGGACCAGGAAAGAGAAAGGAGUGGUGGGAAAGUGCUGGGAAUAAACUGUACACCAUUGCCACAGACAAAACCAUCAGCAAGCUGAUGAUGGAGUACAAGCGUAGGAAACAGCAGCAGCAGCAGCCACAGCAGAGCCACGUCAACCUGUUCAUGAAGGAGCAGGGCCGGGCGGCCGCAGCAGGGGUCGUCGGGGAGAGGAGGGGUCCUGUGGAGCCACAGAGGACCCCGCAGAGACCCCAGCAGCUAGUGGACCAGCAGGGACCUCCUCUGAGGCACUCAGUCAGCGCAGGACCUGAGGUCCUGAGGCAGGAGAAAAGGCCACGGUCAGGAUCUACCAUCAGCUCCCACAGCAUCUCACUGAGGGACUCUGAGGCGCAGAUUCAGGCAUGGACCAACAUGGUCUUGACUCUCCUCAAUCAGGUCCUCCUCCUGUCAGACCCCUCUUUUCUGGCACUGCAGCCGGCGCUCUACCCCUGCCUCAGCCAGCUCUCCUGCCACGUCACCGAUGCUCGCGUCCGCCAGGCGCUGCGUGAAUGGCUGGGCCGCGUCGGCAGACUCUAUGACAUCAUCAUGUGACACUGCAGCAGAGAAAUGCAAUAGCACCCGACGAAGGGCACAGAUAGUCGGUCAGUGAAGGACAUAAACACACUAAACAUGAAUUAGAUUGUUGCAGUCAGCUUGUUUGAUGCCGUCUUGGGACAGCGUCACUGUGUGGUAGAUUCUUCAAAGGUUUGAUUGCAGCUGCAAAGGAAAAGGAAGGCUGUGACAUCAUCAUGUCACCAUUGCAACACACCUGGUGGAAUGAUGAUGGGUUUGACGAUAAGAAAUGAGAAAACAGAUUGGUAGCCUCUGAAGGUAUCAUUGAGGUAUUUUUGAAGAACAGGGGGACACUGGCACUGACAUCAUGUGACUUUAAGGUAGAUGAUUUGAUUGGCCAAUGAAGGAUGUGGUGAAGAAGAUUUCGUUGGCAUGUAAAAGAUUUGAUUGCGAACGUGCCAUUUCUGCCUCGUGUUCUUUGGUUGAAGUUAAUUUCCACCAACAAAACAUGCAACACAGAACACACACACACAAAGUGUCAAAGCUGAAAACUAAAAAACUAAAAUAAAAUGAUUAGCUUGUUAUCAGUUUGGGAAACUAAUUUACGGAAUUGAUCAUUGCAGUACAGUAUUGUCAUAUAGUCACAAUCUAAGUUAUUACCGUUUCACCCCAAAGUGGAUGCAGACUUAAAUGUGCAAUGAAUUAUGGAUGUUGUAGUUCUCUUUCAGAAUUUUUCCUUUACCUUAUAUUAUUUACUAUAUUAACGCCUUAUUAACCCUGUGGAGUUUCCUAGUAAAGAAACAGUUCCAGCUACAUUCACUGCAUUGCUACAUUUUCUUUUUCUUCUUGUUUGGGAUGAUUCACUUGUUCACCAUUGUCUUCUCCUGGUUUUAUGGCUUUCCUACACUACACAUUUGCAUUACUGCAAAUUAGUCCAGCUCAUUGAAACAUUGCUCCAUCUACCACAAGUGGUCAAAAACUCCACAGUGUACCGUGAGGAUUUUUUUUUUUUCUUUUAACAACCUGGGCUGU